CAGUCAUUUUCGAAGGAUUAGGCAGAGCGAAGAUUAAGACAUGCUCUUUCUUGUUGUAUAUAGUAACAAGAAAAAAUAUAGCUUGGGGUUACUUACAUCAUUAUCUCCAUUUGACGCUACCAUACAUAAGUAAUACCAUGCGUUUCUAUUUCUCUUUCAUUAUCACUGUAAUCAUCGAAAAGGAAGAUGCAAAUACUGUGAAACUAUCUGUUUUCAACAUUUUUAUAAAGUACUUCAAUGCAAAGAUGAACAUAACAUUUUUGUUGUAGCCCGAAGAACAAAAUAGCUACCGACAGAAAUACAUUCACUAAUGCAAAUCAGUAAAGCAUUCUAAUUUCUUCAAAGUAUAAGACAAUUCAUAAUUCUUUCUUUUUAUUUGUACUACAAUGUAAUAUGGAUUAGUGAGCAUUAAAAAGGCAAUACAAAUGAAUGCUUUUCUAGUUCUGAACAGUCAAUGUUGUAUUUUUCGUGCCUCAUGACUUUUCAUCUUCAUUCAGAAAAUUACUGUAGUUAAAUUUUGACAGUAAUGUGAAUAAAUGAGGCUAUAUAAGUUAUUCACAUUUCAGACUACGAUGUUUAUUCAGCUGCUUAUCGAACUACUGCUCGUUCUACACUUUUUAGGUGA